CUCUUUCACUGUUCAUCAAGAGAGUGAGAAAGAGAUUAUAAGUUGUUAUUAUAUUCUAUAUAAUCAUCAAAUUAAUCCCUUUGAAUUCCUCUCCCAAGCUCUAAGAAAAUGGCUCUCAUCUCUUCAUCUGCUAACCAAUACCCACAAAUGAAGAAUCAUCAAUCCAAUUUAGAUCAUAAUGAUGAACAUCAUCAAAAGGGUUUGAAUCUUAUGGGAUCUUCUUCUAGAUCAACAAUGGUUAAACAACAACAACCACAACAAGAGCCUCUUAGAUGCCCUCGCUGUGAUUCUUCCAAUACCAAAUUUUGUUAUUACAACAAUUACAGCUUGUCUCAGCCUCGUUACUUUUGUAAGGCGUGCAAGCGCUACUGGACACGUGGUGGCACUUUGAGAAACGUCCCCGUCGGCGGUGGCUGCAGGAAAAACAAGCGUCUCAAACGAUCUACCGCCACUGCCACCGCUACCGCCACCACUCAUUCUUCAUCGUCCCCAGCACCGGAUUCCACUUCUUCGUCUUCGACUUCUUGUGCUAAUAAUAUCUUUUAUGGCUCGGAUCUGAACGUUCCGUUUUCCGGGUAUGAUCAUCUUCAACCUCAAUUAAAUGCUCUUGGAUUAGGGUUUUCUUCUACUAAUAUGGAUCAUAGGGAUCUUCACGUUAAUGGGUUCAAUUCAAGUUUGGCUUUUUCGAGUUAUUUAUUUGGUAACCCAUCUUGGAGUUCUAAGUUCAGGAAUGGAGUUGGUUCAAGUGUUUUUGAUAACCUAGAUUCUCCACCGUUUGAUCAGUAUCAUGUGAUGGGAUCCAACGGUGGAGAUCAACUGAAAGAUGAGAUGAAGAGAUUGGAUUGGAAUCAGCAAAAUCAGAGUGAUGAAAUUAUUGCUCAAUCAAAUGAUCCAAAUUGUCUUUAUGCUAAUUGGAGCUCUCAAAUUUGGAAUGAUCCAACGAAUCUUGGUUCAUCAAUUACUUCUUCUCUCAUUUAGAGAGAGAGAAAUUAAUCAAACCCCACCUUGAUUUCUUCACUAGAUUUUAGAAUUUCUUCAUUUCCCCUUCUUUUCUCUUGUGAAAUUUAAUGGGUUUUGUUUAGUUCUUAAAAAAAAGGCCAAAAAACGACCAAAUUUGGGGAUCGGAGUGUUCAUGUCAGCAGCAAAAAGGGAAAAAGUUGGAAAAAUUUUCAAUUUUAUUUCCAUUUCCCAUAUGGGUUUUGCGCUGAGAGGAACCUCGGAUCCCUUUAUGAAUAUGAUCCGCCAUGGAAGGGAUCAAUUGAAGCUCUCAAGAAAGUUGUAAUUUUUGGUUUGAUUUCAGUAAGUUUGGGUUUUGUUAUGUUGCCUUGUACAUAUUGGGGGAGAAAUGUAAUUGAUUUUACACUAUUUUCAGCAGCUUUGUGGGGUUUAGUGGGGAUGGUAUAUGUUGCUCUUCCUCAGUCAAAGAUCAGCUGAGUAAGGAAUUUGACUUUUUUUUGGUGUUUUUUCAAUUUUUGUGUUCUUGGUGGGGCUGGGUAUAAUGGUGUCAUGGUAUAGAGAGGAAAGGGGAGAUUUGGGUCCUUGAAAAACCUUUGUAUUGAUCACUUAAUUCAGCUCAUCAUAUGGUUUGAUAUGAAAUUCAUAA